CCUCGCCCUUGCCCCGUUGCACUCGCACGCGGCGUCAGCGUAUUUAUUCACGGAGCGAAGGCGAGAUGCGGGCAUUCGCGGCAGCAGCAGCAGCAGCAACCGCAGCGGCGGCGCCUACCCCCUCGCGACUCUUCCUCGUCUCCGCCCACCGCGCCGCCCCGCGAUUCGGUCACUGUAGAGCAUCUUCCUCCGCAAGGCUGCCAAGGAGUGCCUGCUACGCUUCCACCACCAUGGGAGACGAAACCUCCACUUCCGUCUCUGCCCAGCCACAGGAACCGGCAGCGCUGGGAGCUGGGAGUGUGAAGCAGCAGAUCUCCAACUUAGUGGUUUUGUCGCUUCGGGCGACGGUGCCUGAAGUGGAUGUUGAACCGAUGGUUGAAGUUUGCACAGCAAAGUUUGGUGACUACCAGUGCAACAAUGCAAUGGGAUUGUGGUCAAGAGUUAAAGGAUCUGGGACAAGUUUCAAAAACCCCAAUGCGAUUGGACAGGCCAUUUCCAAGAACCUGCCUGCCUGCGAUGUUAUUGAAUCAACCUCUGUUGCUGGUCCUGGUUUUGUGAAUAUUGUCUUAUCCAACAACUGGGUUGCAAAGAGAAUACAAGAUAUGCUUGUGAAUGGUAUCAAAACUUGGGCGCCAAUUCUGCCAGUUAAGAAGUUAGUUAUUGAUUUUUCAUCCCCUAAUAUUGCAAAGGAGAUGCAUGUUGGGCAUCUGAGGUCAACAAUCAUUGGUGACACCCUUGCACGCAUGUUUGAGUUCUCAAAUGUUGAAGUUCUCCGACGCAAUCAUGUCGGAGACUGGGGUACACAGUUUGGAAUGCUCAUAGAAUAUCUAUUCGAAAAAUUUCCGAAUUGGGAGGAAGUUGGCAACCAGGCUAUUGGCGAUCUUCAGCUUUUCUAUAAAGCAUCCAAAGCAAGAUUUGAUGAUGAUGCUGAAUUUAAAGAUAGGGCUCAACAAGCUGUUGUUCGGCUACAGGGAGGUGAGGAGAAAUAUCGUGCUGCUUGGAAAAAGAUAUGCGAAAUCAGCAGGAACGAAUUUGACCAGGUUUACAAGAUCUUAAAUGUACAGAUUGAAGAAAAGGGGGAGAGCUUUUAUAAUCCUUAUAUUCCACAAGUUUUGGAGAAAUUGAGUAACCAAGGUUUGAUCACAGAAAGUGAGGGUGCUCGAGUAAUAUUCAUCGAAGGUCAUCAAAUUCCUUUGAUAGUGGUCAAAAGAGAUGGUGGCUUCAACUAUGCCUCAACAGACUUGGCUGCUCUUUGGUAUCGGCUUAAUGAAGAGAAGGCAGAGUGGAUUAUUUAUGUGACAGAUGUUGGUCAGCAGCAGCACUUUGAUAUGGUUUUCAAGGCUGCCAGGAUGGCUGGUUGGCUCCCAGAUCCAAAAGAAAAAAAGUUCCCAAAAACGAGUCAUGUUGGGUUUGGCCUUGUUCUUGGAGCAGAUGGCAAGCGCUUCCGAACUCGUUCUACUGAUGUUGUACGGUUGGCAGACCUACUUGAUGAAGCUAUAUCUCGAAGUAAAUCAGAGCUUCUCCAACGUCUCACCGAAAAUGGUAAAAUUGUUGACUGGACUGAUGAGGAAUUAGCAAAAACUUCAGAGGCAGUAGGACACGGCGCUGUCAAGUAUGCAGAUCUGAAGAACAAUAGAUUGACCAAUUACACAUUUAGCUUUGAACAGAUGCUAAGUGAUAAGGGAAAUACUGCUGUCUACCUUCAGUAUGCUCAUGCUCGUAUUUGCUCCAUUAUACGGAAAUCCAACAUGGAUGUAGAAGAGCUAAAAAAGAGUGGGAGCAUUUCUCUUGGCCAUCCAGAUGAGCGCGUCUUGGGAUUGUAUCUUAUCCGUUUUGCAGAGGUUGUCGAAGAGGCAUGCACAAAUCUCCUUCCCAGUGUGCUGUGUGAAUAUCUUUACAACUUGUCUGAAAUGUUUACAAGGUUCUACACAAACUGUCAGGUGGUAGGAUCGCCAGAGGAGCCAAGCCGGCUGCUGCUUUGCGAAGCAACUGCAAUUGUGAUGCGACAGUGCUUCCAGCUUCUUGGGAUCACGCCGGUUUACAAGCUGUGAUUGGCCAAUGUUUUAUCUUACAUCCCUUAUUCAUCUUCACACAAACCCCUCCAUGGUUUGCAGUUUUUGUCCCUUUUAAGUUGUAACCCAGUUGGUGUAGCUAACGUACUCAAAUCGAUUGUCCCAUUUGAGAAGAGAAGCAAACUAUAUAGCAAUUGAUAGUCAACAAAUUAGUUUUGUUUGUCCGUUUCGUCUACUACAGUACUGUUUUCCCCCCUCUAGAGAAUACACCCUGGGAGGUGUAUCGCAUUUACAUUGAAGUGCCAGGAGGCAAAUUAUGUUGUUCGUUGUACGCGUCUUAUUUUUUGUAGUC